AUGCCGCGCGAAGGCACUCGCUCUGCGACUGGAAACUCCAGGCCGCGCGUCUUCCAAACCGUCGACACAGCUCCCACGAUUACGCGCAAAAAGCCAGCGACUGCCAGGACGAAGAAGGCAUCCACCGCCGGCGCUGGCCCUGUGACCAAGGCAAAGACAAAGGCCAAGGUCGCGACAGCCCCCAAGUCCGGUGGGGUUACCAAGAAGAAGGCCGCUCCCAAGAAGGCUACGGCCGGCUCCAAGGUAAAGGCUGCAGUGAACAAGGUCGAGGCCAAGGUCAAGGGCAAGACCGCCCCCAAAGACAAGGUGUGA